CAUCGAUUCAUUCAAAACCAUAAACCAUAAAACAGAUGUAAACAGCUCAAUACAUCAAAAAUAGUUGUGAACUUUUUUAUUUUCUCAGUCAUCUUCUGUAGCAGAGGGCAAUAAUCAGUCACGGUUUGCGUUCGUCCAGUCCAAUUUAAAUCAACGCAGUCGCGAUGUUGACCAAACUUAUCAAGAGCUUCAUCAAGGUAUAGAUCAUAGUCAUCACAACUCAGUCAUUGCUAGAAAGAGAGGCAAAAAGAGAAAUGGAUGCUGAAAUCAAGAACUUCAUAAAGGUAUGGAUCACAGCCAUCACAUCUCUUUGUUAUUGUUACUACAUAGUUGCAAGGAUCCCAAGAGGAAUGAUUAGGCUGUUCUUCCUCCUCCCAAUCUUUUACCUCUUCACCAUGCUCCCUUGUAACCUCAACUCUUUUCAUCUUGGUGCCCCCACUGCCUUCUUCCUUGGUUGGCUUGGCAACUUCAAGCUCCUCCUCUUUGCCUUUGACCAAGGCCCUUUAUCACCACCCCUACCAAAACUUCUUCAUUUCAUAUCCAUUGCUUGCCUUCCCAUUAAACUCAAACAAGACCCACCUCCAAACACCAAAAACAACAAAAACUCAUCUCACAAAAGCACCCCAAAAUCCCAUAAUCCUACAAAAAUGACUAGAUCUAUGUUGCUGGUUAUAAAAGCCUUGUUUCUUGCCAUGAUAAUACGUGCAUAUAACCAUAGGUCAAAUUUACAUCCAUAUGUUAUUUUAGCUCUCUAUUGUUGCCACAUCUAUCUUGCUGUGGAAAUUGUCCUGGCCUUGGCUGCUGCCCCGGUUCAAGCCAUUUUUGGGUUUGAGAUUGAGCCACAAUUCAACGAGCCCUACUUUGCCACCUCACUACAAGACUUUUGGGGCCAUAGGUGGAACAUUAUGGUUACAAGUAUUCUACGACCUACCGUUUACAUUCCUAUUCGUUGUAUUUCUGCUAAUGUAAUUGGGUCACGUUGGGCUGCUCUACCAGCCAUUAUUUCGACCUUCAUAGUGUCAGGCCUAGCUCAUGAAGUAAUAUAUUUUUACUUCACACGUGUGCAUCCUACAUGGGAGGUAACAUGGUUCUUUGUCCUACAUGGCAUGUGCACGGCUAUUGAGGUUGUGGUGAAGAAGGCAGUGGCCAACAAAUGGCGGUUACACCGAGCAAUUUCGGGGCCAUUGACAAUUGUGUUUAUGGCGGUGACCGGUGGUUGGUUGUUUUUUCCACAAUUAAUAAGAAAUGGUGUGGAUAUGAAGGCCAUAGAGGAGUACUCAAUUUUAGUUGAUUUUGUCAAAGUCAACCUACCAUUGCACUUGCCCUUGGGCAAAAGUUAGUGUCCCAUUUUACAAAGAUGUAUACCGCACUUUUAUGUUGUAACUUCAUUUGUUCCUACCCUAGCCCCUGCCAAAGUCACAUUUAUUUGUUGGUUUGGUCAACAGCUUAAGAUGAAAAAUAUUUUUCACAA